GUGAGAAAGCUAUAAAUGCAAAUGUUGGUUUCAUGUUAGUUUCCUUUGAAAGACCACUUAUACUUAUUAUUUUUGCUCCUCCUACUUUCUUCCUUCUUCCAUUUCAACAAUAAACCCGUGAAACAUCAUCUUUUAAUCCCCAAUUCUAAGAUUUUAAACAAACCCAAAUUAUCAAUUAAAACAAAAAUAAAAUUAUAAAAAAUGGAAUUUUUCACAUACUCAUCUCGUCCAUCUUCACAACCCCUUUCAUCUUUUUCAUUUGGGAAUUUGGUUUUGAAAGUUAAGGAUUUCAUCAGCUCCGCACUUUCCGCUGUUCUUGGAAAUGUUUUCUCUGCUAUUUUCACCUUCUUUUUUGCAUUAGUGGGUACUUUAUUAGGAGCAUUGACUGGGGCUUUAAUUGGACAAGAAACUGAGAGUGGAUUUGUUAGAGGUGCUGCAGUUGGAGCUAUUUCUGGCGCUGUCUUUUCCAUUGAAGUUUUCGAAUCUUCGCUUAUAUUGUGGCAAUCUGAUGAAUCUGGAAUUGGAUGCCUUAUGUACCUGAUCGAUGUGAUUGUGAGCUUAAUAAGUGGAAGACUUGUUCGUGAACGAAUUGGUCCAGCCAUGUUGAGUGCGGUUCAGAACCAGAUGGGCGCAGUUGAAACUGGCUUCGAUGAGGCUCAUAAUAUAUUCGACAUUGGUGGUUCUAAAGGCUUGCCUGAAUAUUCUGUUGAGAAGAUACCUAAGAUUACCAUUACACGUGACAACAAUUUGGAUGAUUCGGGUGAUAGAGUAUCGUGCUCUGUAUGCCUUCAGGACUUUCAACUUGGAGAAACCGUGAGAAGUUUGCCACAAUGUCAUCACAUGUUUCACCUACCUUGCAUUGAUACAUGGCUAGUAAGACAUGGAUCCUGUCCUUUAUGCAGGCGCGACCUCUAAAUCUUUUCUUUUACCCUCUGUAAAUUCCCUAAAUGAGACAUUUUUCGUAUUCUGACACAUAGAUGUUUCUUUAUUUGUCAAUAUACUACAUGCUGUUUUGUAUAUGUAGCUAGGUUAUACAGUAUAUGUAUGUUAUACAUUUGAUAAUCGAGAGUAGAUUAGUUAUAUAUAUGUAGUUAAACAUUCCAACC